AUGAGCGUCACUUCGUCUUCCUCAGACCACCCCUCGCCCCAGCAGCCCACAGAGCCACACGCAAAGAGACGGCCCUGGACUCUGGAAGAAGACGCCUUGCUUAUCGAUGCAGUCGAUCGACUGGGCUCUGCCAGAGGGCCCGGGUCAGCGUGGUCGGAGAUAUCCAGCAUUGUGGGUGGGACAAGAACAAACAAGGACUGCCGAAAGAGAUGGUUCCAUUCGCUCGACCCAUCGCUGCGUAAAGGGAGGUGGUCAAGAGAGGAGGACGAAGCUCUCAAGCGAUUACAUAAGGAGAUGGGGCCGCAAUGGAAGGAAAUUGCUCUCUUGAUUCCCGGGCGAAAAGAUGAUCAAUGUUCCAAGCGGUGGAGAGACGUCUUGGACCCAUUUCUCACGUCCAAAAAGGCUUGGACGCCCUUGGAAGAUGCCCUCCUCCUCCAACUAUUCGAAGCACAUGGCGCAAAAUGGAGUGUAAUAUCAGACAGUUUACCGGGCAGGAGCCCUCUGGCGUGUAGAAAUCGAAGUCGAAAGUACUUUGAUCUUACUCGUGGGAACAACAAGGUUAGCGCUUCCGCUGCAAGACACACCUCACCGCAUCAUCAUACUGUCGAACCCAAGGGCGACCGUGCCACUACCCUCCGUUCAGCAGACACACCUCCUCUCGAGGGCACCCUCGGGCUCUUCCCAUGGGGACUCCCUGAAGAACUCCUGCCUGAUGGCACUCCCGGGCUCUUUCCUUGGGAAGUUCCUGACGCUCCCCUCCUUGGCAGCGUUCCAGAAGAUAACUCGCCGCAGCUUGAAAUGACCAGAGCCAAAUCAGCUCCAGAGAAAUGGAAAGACUUGAUGAGGAAUAACGACCAAAUGAAUAUGUCAGAUGCUCAAAAUAUCAUACCAACACCGGCUUUGGACCAGGAUUACAUGGAUCAAUGGCUGAGCUUGUUUCAUCAAUCAAACUCAGCCGCCGCGUCUAUAUCUCAGAGCCAGACUCAAACUUCCUUCGCACCACCGAUAAGAUCUCCCUCAAGUCUCUCCUCAGCAACAUCCUCUGCUCUCUCCCUACCCUCGAUCCCGGCAGCGCCAGUAUCAGACCCCUGGGCGCUAUUCGCGGCGUUGGAGAACGGACAAGCUUCAGUGAAUGUGGAUGUGCAGCUGUUGCGAAAGUUGAUGGCCGAUGCCGCAAAGGGGUCGAGCGCUGUUGAGUCGAGAGUUUGA